AUGAGUGAUGAUGAUUUUUUCCAAGACAAAGGCAGCAGCUCGUUACAGUACAUCAAGUGCAAGACCAGCACGAAGAUUGACGAUAUUUUAAAGAGGCGCAGAAAUAAGUUAACAAACAACGGGGAAGACGGUGAGGGAAGCAAACAUGGAAAUGAUGACAGGUGCCCGAAAUGGGGAGAAAAAAGUAAUACCAACAAUCGCAGGAGCAGCUACCAACUGGAGGAAGUGAACAAAUAUCUGACAAAGCAGCAUAGUCAUGUAAACGUCUUGGAUGACGAGGGGGAGCUCAACUUGGGAAGGAAUUACACACAACAUAGGUACAGCUUGGGAAGGAAAAGUUUUUCAAAGGAUUCUAAUAAGGAUAUUUAUUCCUACGAUGAGAAUUUAAAAAAAGGGAAUAUAAAAAGUUGCAUUAAUUUGUCCACUUCUGAUGAUAAGAAAAGGAGCCCAUUAGGAGCGUCAAGAUCGUUGGACCAUAUAAACCUACAAGGAAGGGAAAAGAAUAGCAGCAGUCCAUACGAUGAGCACAAUGGGGAAGAGACCGUAAGUUACGCAGAAGACAUCCUGGGGGGUAACUUAAACAACAUAUAUAAGACUCCUAGUACAGAGGUCCUUCUUAGAGAGAUAAGAAGUAAAGAGGAUGAGGACGGUAAUAAUCCUCACCAUGGUGACGAUAUCGAGGGGGAAUAUCAUAACGGUUAUGAAGAAAACAGGGAAGAAAUUUUUGCAAAUUUAAAUAAAAUUUACCUGAACGAUGUAGAUUUAAAUAAAACCCCAAGUAAAAGUUUUUCGAGGAGCUAUUUCGAGUACCUAAAAUUUGAAACAGCUGGGAAAAUGAAUAUGAGCGAAUUGGAGACGCCCGCAAAUUUGAAGGACGAAAAGGAUGACGAAGGGGCGAACACACCAUUUAUUACGUAUUAUUUGGCUGGGAAGACAAGUAAAAGUGGACUUGAGCAGGAGGGAAAUUUGGACUCUCCGUGUGGUGAUGAAAAGGGUGAAGUUAUCCCUCAGGGUGUGGAGAAUGAAAAGGGUAGUACCAAUUAUUUUCCACCAAAGGGGGAACCACACAUAAUUGAACAGGGCAAAGUAGUGGAUAACCAUUUUGUUACGGAGGAGGAAGCCGGUGUUGUUUCCCAUUUGGAUAGAUUUAAAAGUAUGGGCUCAAACCAAAGGGAAGACGUCCAAUAUAGAAGCAACUACAACGGGGGGGGUGAAAGUGGGGCCCUUCUAAAGCUUGCCAGCUCGAAGAAGUACAACUUUGUAAAGACUGAAGAGGAAUACAACGACCUAUUGAGAGAAAAAAGUGGCCAACAGGAAAUUCGAAAAGGUAACGCAACUACCACUGGAAGAAUUACUGAAAAUGGCAACGUAAAUUUUUUGGAAAAAGUUGUCUCAAACAAUAACGUAAGUUUUAAUGACAGCAUAUUUUUGGCAAACCAAUUUCACAUAAUGAAUACGAAGUCAUUUCGGGAGAAUCUGUUUGUUAACUCCAAGCAGGGAGACAGGGAAAGCACUAUACCGCUGCAGAUGGGGAAGGGUAUAGUUGACGCGUUACCCGUCCGGAGUGAGCUGAAAAGGAGUUUAAUUAUAAGAGAUAUGCCGUUGGGUAAUACAAUAAUGGAGAAACCAGACGUUUAUGAGAAUUCCUUUCGGGAGGAUGCCUUCCAGAGGGGAGACCACAAUUAUGGUAACCCAUGGAAUGGCAAAAUAGACCCCCAUGAUGACAGACCCCUUGGCGUAAGCAACAACCAUUUGGUGGUUAACUCCAUGAUGUUGCAGAAGUCUCAAACGGGAAUUAACCAAAUGGACGAAUUUGCAAUCCAUCAGAGUGCCAGUUUUGGGGAUAGAAAAGAAUGCAUCGAUUUAGCAAGAAAGUUGGAUAAGGAUCCCCACACAGAUGUGUAUGUUUAUGAAUACACCAAAAGUGGUGAUAACCCUCCGUUUCGUUUUAAUUCUUUAAAAAGGAGCACUGUAAAUUUAGCCAGCCAGGAGGAAGACAACCGUAGCAGAAACGCGGGUGUCUCCACAGGGAUGAAUAAGUAUAUCAGUUACAAUGUCGAAAGGAGCUAUAACAAUAUGAACGAGCUGCAUGCGGAGGAGGAAAAUUUACCCCCGAGAGACGAAACCAUUUUCACCAAAUUGAGGAAUCUGCAAAAACAUAGUAACGGUGGGAGCAAUGGUCUUCUCCACGACACACAAAAGUAUUCAAUCGAAGGAAGAGAAAAAAAAAAUUUCUCCAACUGUUUUGAAAAUGUGUAUCUGAGGAGUAGUUAUUAUAACGAUGGGGGGGAGAGAACGUCAAAUUAUGCGAACGACGUUAGGAAAAAAAAAAACAUCACCGUGGAUAUUGGGGGAGUGAAUAAAAUUACGCGUGACGAUUUCGGCUUUUCAGAGACAAACAACCCACAUGAAUUCCGACACUCUGGGGAAGCACAAAUGUGGCAUAGUGAAAAGGACAGUGUAAUGUAUGGAAAUGUGGCCAGUAACAACUGCUCCAAUGUGAUUAUACCUACUGAUGGGAGGAACUUUUAUAGUGGUCCCAUGGCGGGAAGAGAAGUAAUAAUUCCUGUGGAUAACAGAAGCAGUGUGAACAAGUUAGGCGAGACAGCCGAUUUCGGGGGAAAAGAAAGCAGUGACCUCUCCGAUUCGAAAAAUAAUGACAACACGGUUAGAAUUAUAUCUAGUGAGGGUUACAUUCCUGACAGGAAGGAAGUCAUCGAUGGACGUGACUUGAGGCAAUACUGGUUCGACUACAUAAAUAGCAGCUUUGGUAGCGUCAAUGCGAAUGACAUACGGGGGUUGAUAUUUGGUAGUUCGAAUAGGCGCAUCGGUAGUGGUGCUGCCAACAAGCAGAUACAACAAUCUGCGUGUGCAAUACCAGGGGACGCCUCCACCAACCGCGUUAAUGAAGACGCACUGGCAGAACUGAUCCGGGAAAAGAUAAAGGACAGCAUAAAUGACGUAGUCGAGAGGUUAUUGAGUCAGGGGAAGAGCCUGGAUAUAGUGAGAAAGGAUCUUCUGAACGAAAUUGAAAAGGAGCCAAAUUUGAGUCAUGCAUCAGAGGGGUACUACAACGGGGGGUGUUGCGAUAGCGGUGUGAAGAAUGACCAGGGGGGGGUAGACGAGGAUGUCGUGCCAGUUGAAGGGAUCGAAAGGGAGGUGAGAGGAAAAGAAAAGAAUCUUGUUUUUAAAAACGUAGUAACUGGAACCACAGGUGAAGCAUCAUGUGGGGAAUUGGACCAGGAAAAGGGCAGCACGAAGGUAGUACGUCGCUCUGAAGAAUAUCUGAACGAUGACCAUUCACCACGGGGUAGUCCCCCCCUGGAAGAAGUAUCGAACAAAGAAACAGUCCACCUAGAUGACGAAGACGUAGACGAAAUCGAGAAGCUGAAUAACCACCUCAAAUUGAACAAAAUAAAAAAAUCAGUAAACCUGCAAGAGGAGGACAAAGAAAAGAAUCAAGUAAAUUGGAAGAAGCUGCUUUACAAUUGUAUAGACAUAAUUUAUUUAUUAACAAAUGAAAAUAAUGCGAAAAAUAAGAAGAUGAACUCGUUGCUAGGAGAAAUAAACAAGCUGAACGAAUACGAGAAGAAGAUAGAGCUUCUGAAUGAGGAGAAUGAAAAGUUGAAGGUACAAGUUCUGCAGAAGAACGAAAUGGUGAAAAAAAAAGACAUCAAAGAAAGGACAAACUUAAAUCUGAAAAUCGCCGAACAGGGGAAGAAAAUUGCCAAUUUGGAGAAGGACAUUAAUAUAUAUAAAAAUAAAGUGAACAAACUGAAUCACAAAAUAAGUAACAAGGACAGCGAAUUGGACAAGCUGAAGAAGAAGUACCAGCUAGUUUUGGACGAAGUUGAAAAGUGCAAACAGGAUGCAACCACUACGUUGAAGCAGGUACUGAACAAGAAGCACACCACCCUGGUCGAUAAGCAAUGUUUAGACAUUUCCAAAUAUUACGAGGUGGAGAUGUGCAUGCUUAACAAGCAAAUCAGGAAUUUGAAGGACCUCCUUAAGAGUGAGACCAAGGAGAAAAUCACACUGAGCAGGAAGCUCGGUGAGCAGUCCAACGGGCAAUCUAACGGGCAAUACAACACCAAUUCGUGUGCCGAUUCAGGUGCAUACUCCAGUGAUGAUGAGCAAAACUGCAGAGAGACCACACCGCAAAAGGGUAAUCCAACCGAGGCAGAUACAUCAGAACAAACCAGCGAAGGCAAGUACAAAAAAAUGUGCCAAAAUUUAUUCAACGAAAUGAAUGAAAUAAAAAAAAAUUUUGACAAUCAGAGAAUUUUGUAUGACCAGAAAAUUGAACAACUGGAGCAAAAGCAGGAGCUGCAAAAUAUAAAAAAUAAAUUGGACGCAUCGGAAAAAAUUGUGGAAGUGUACCAAAAUAUUUUUCGCGAAAAUGUGAAUUAUAUAAAAAGUGAUAAUUUGCAAAAACGGGAUUUAAGUCAACCCAUGGGUGACAUGCACCCCCAGGGAGAAGGGAAGAGUUACACCAGCCAGCAAAGCGGUGAGAAGGAUAGUCCUAAUACUCAGAUGAAUGGCACAUUGGCGUCUUGUAAUAUGCCAGGGGCAUCUGCAGAAUUUACUAUGAGCAGUCUCCAAGUGGGAAGUGAGUCAGGGGGUGGCCACCUGCUGCCACCGGGGGUUAGUAGCGCCGCCUGGGGAAGUGGUGUUCCCUCUGUGAGCGGCAUUAGUAUGGUUAGUGGUAAUGGCAUGGUUAGUGGCAUCGGUUCAGUGGGUGGUCUUGGUUUGGCGAGCGGUCUAGUGUCAACCAACCCUCACAUCUCCAACGCCACCACGCAGCACAACUACCUGAACGAGUUUGUAAAGAUGUACCUAGAAAAGAACCCCCUCAGUGAAUCCAACAACGGGUUCAAAAUUAGCGACUUGACCAAAUGGAAUGAAAAAUGCACGGAAAAUGUGCCAAACAGUGAAUACAAAAAUAAUCACCUACAUGAGACAUUAAUGAAAAUUGAAAAGACAGAAUUGGUCAACAUAUUUAUAAGCAUAUGUAGCGAAUUAAAAAGUGACAACAUUUUUUUCGUAAUCCAGUUUGUAAAGUUUCUAUCCUUUAUAGUGUAUGAACAGUUCCCCUUAUUUACCUCCUUCUUUUACAAAGUCGCCUCGAUAAUUUCGAUAAAUUCUACCAAAUUUGACGAAUACAUAGAUGUGAUUAAGAAGUGGAAGAGCCACUUCAUGAAUGGGCAGAAGUAUUACCUCUUCCGUAGAAAUGUGCUUUUAAUUUUUCAAACGGAUUUGAAGGACGUUAGAAAGGGCGACAUGGACAGAGUUUGCUUGAACCUUGUCAGAAGUUUGCACCAGAAGAGUGUGGACAUGAGCAAAUAUUCCAACGACUCCUUCGAAAAGGCCGAAUACAUAAUCAACAAACAUUCCAAGGAAAUAAUAAGCAAAGUUAUUAAGACGUACAUGAAUCUCUACAAUAUUGACAAGAUCAGCAACAUCAUCCCGCAUAUGAAUUCGAUGAACUCAAAGCUCAAAACGCAAUCCUACCUAGUUAGGUCCAUAUCGUCCUGCUUGAAUUUGAGCAAAACGGAUAAUUUUCAGGAGAUCGAGCGGAAAAUAAAAGAACUGGCGGCAACCAAGGGGAUUAACGAAAAGAUAAAGAACAGAAUAAACGUAGACGAAAUGGACGAAUAUUUGGCGGCGUACACCAUUAUGGGCACGCUGAAGAAGUACUUGAAUGUUACCCUCACCCAGGACCUGUUGCCCUCCAUCUCGAAGAUCAUUCAGAAGAAUAGGUCAUCCCAGUGA